AUGAUACACACCAGCCCGUCGCCAGCUGUCGCUCAGCGGACCAACGCCUUCCAGCCCGACGCGUACACUUGGGCCUUCGUGCCGCAUCUAAUCAUCGGCUCCAACGACCACGCCUCCAGAUGGAGUCCAUGGAAGAGUCGACUUUUCAUGGGCAGGAUGCUGGAGAUGGCUGACAUACCAUCUUCGGCCUGCAAGGAUUUUGCGUCAAUAUAUGCAUAUCUGCAAGACGAAACGGAGCUUCUCGAACUUCUCAGGCAGGUGUGGCGUAUGUGCACGCUGGAUCAGUAUAAAGAUGAGCAUGCACAGAUGUGCUCGGUACUUGAGUGGCUGAACGAGGAGCCCAGCAUCCGUGACCUGGAUCGCCUCAUUCGGUAUAUCAAGCAGUACAUCCGCACAUGCAAGGAGGAUCAAGAGUGGUGGGCUCGUUGUAAGCAUUCCGCAGUCAUUGAACCCUGGAUACUUAGGAGCAUGUUGUGGGGGAAAGACAGUUUCAUACGUGAGCUGUGUUUUCUCCCCCUCGGAAAGCCGCUGUUGCUAGGUGUGCCUGCUAGCCCUCGUCCCAAAACAAUCACUUCACUGUUAAAGGAUGACUGCGCGAAGUCUAGCCGGUCUUAUAUCGAAUUAAAAACCGAUGGUGUUGCUGUCAACGCGCUCUCAGACACUGGGGUGGGCAGAAACAUCAUGAGUCUGGACCAUGCUCAGAAGUGCGGCGCGUCGAUAGACUCAUCCUCCGAGAAACAGCACACGCUGUCCAAUGCGGUCGGCCAAGAGUUCCGCUGUAUCGGCGAAGCAACCGUGAGGGUGGCAUUUCCAGAUCGGCUCACACCCGCAAGGAACGUGGUCUUUUCAAUUCUUGAGAUUUGCUCCGAGCCUCUGGUUAUGGGCCGAGCAUUCCUGAAGACUACUUCCUGCCUCACGCGCUUCCGACAUCGCCUGAUAAAAGUUGCACGGAGUGCAGCUCAGUCUCUGUCUCGCGUUAUGCAUAUGGACUCGUCCAGCGAGAGACUUUCCUGCCAGGUCAGCGCGCAACGCGUGGCUGCAUACGCUGACACAGGGUCUGAUGUCGAUCUUGUAUCUCUACAAUACGCAUCAGAGCACAUGUGGGGCAUUAUUCGAAAUCCAGGCGAGUCUGAUCGUGUUACUUUAUCCGAUGGUUCUGUGCACGAACUUGAGGGAUAUGUAGACCUGCCAAUCACCAUUGGGGCCGAGACUUCAAUGCGACGAUUCUACGUCUUAGCCGGACUUGUCUACGAUGUCCUUCUCGGGGCCGAAGUUCUGGACCAAUUCGACAUUUGGAAUGAGCACACCGAUAGUCUCAUUCAGAUUGAAGCCUUCGAACGCAACGAGUAUUGCAACAUCGCAUGGUACAAACGUUUCGAUCAGGUGGAGAAAGAGGUGGAUGACAUGAUCAAGGGUACAUUUACGCCAGUCAAGCAAAGGACACGACUCACGAGUUUCAAGGCGAUGUUCGGACGUGGUGGGAACGACGCCAGAGGUGCUCGAACGCAGCACGCACUCGCGCAACGACUUUACGAGAUCGAUAACAUCGAGAAAUGCGAACGCCCCCUCGCGCAGGAACGCAUUGCCGGCGCGGUCGGUGAUGCGAAGGUGGCUGAAGUCAACUCAGACGAGGACCGACAACAGCGCUGGCUUACGCUGCGAACGAAGAUCGUCAGCCUGCAGAAGAGAGUACAAGCUGAUGGUACUCUGGCGCCUGGUAGCUAG